ACGCUUUGCGCGUAGUAAGGGGUAAGAUACAGAACCCACCACAUGUCCCUUCACUCGGGUUUCGCGCGUCCGACCAGUCAGACCUCCUCGGACACGAUGGAACACGUUCUGCGCGCGGACGCCUCCUUGGUGGGGCGAGGCCUCUUUGAGUUGGUGAAGAAGGUCCGCGGUGAGGAAGAUCUUCCCGAUGAACCACUACGAGCCCGUUUCACCAAGGAUGUGGCUCUCGACACCUUGAAUAGAGAGGAGAUUGGCGAGAGGCUUCAGCGACUUACCGGGGAGGACCCAGAGACCAUCCUAGAGAUGGCGGGCCUCCCGCCCAAGGAGCAGGCAUCCAUCGUCAGAUUGGCGCAUUUCACCAUCCUGACUGCCAACAGCACCAUGGACGCCCAGCCCGUCCGACAAGACCAGGCGGCCAAGGACGCGGCCCAGGCCGCCGUCACGCUGGUAGAGGACGCACCCCCAGCCCCCACUCCGUCCGGCACCCCAGGAGAAGCGCCCCGCCGCAACCCCAGACAACGGGGCGCGGCCCAAGGAGCCCCGCCAACAACACCCGAGGCGAAGCCACGCCGACUCCAGCUCGGAGUCGGACAGCGACGAGGACGACCUCGAG